GACUCCUUUUUGCCGCCAUUUCGAAUCGGGAGAGAGAGAGAGAGAGAGAGAGAGGACUUUUCAACAAUUUAAUCGUUCGUUGUUUCGAUUUCGAGUUCUCUCAUUCAAAAAUUGAAGAUUUGAUUCAUCACAAAGCAUCUACACCACUCCAGUGUUGAGAAAUUUACUUUCCCCCAAAUAGUCAAACCUACGUUUUCGGUGGUCAAAUUUGAUUUAUUGCAUGCUCUGAUCGUACAGGUAGUUGUUCUUGAAGCUGUGCAGAAUCCGAGAUUCCGGAGUUCUGAUUAGGUUUUUCCACUGAAUUGUUUUUUUAUACCUUGGGCUUGAAAUUCAAAUCUAAUUGAACAUCGCGAUCAGUUUUUCUGUGAUUUCAAUUUCUGUUUGGAAUUUCAGAUAUUGGCUCCAAAAAGCUUGCAGAGAUGGCAGAAAUCUGAAAUUGUGCGUUGCAUUAGGGUUAACUUGUGAUUCUGAUUGCAGCAGUAUGAACUUGUGAUUGAGCUGAGUUUAGUAAUUGAAUAGAAAACAAAACAAUGUGAGAUUAGGGCCGUAAACAAGUAGGUUUGGCUAAAUUGCUGAAUUCACAAAUGACUAUAGCAGAUCUUGGGAAUUUAAAUUUAAAAUUCUUCAUCUAGAUUGGAAUCUUGAAUCUUUGCAAAAUGUUUACUUCAGCCUAAUCUGUUUCGUGUCCGAGUCCAACUUGUCUACUAGCUUUGACUAAUCAAGUAAUCAUGCAUUUUGAAACCACAUAUGCAUUUGCUUCAGUUUCCAACUCCUGAAUUGAUUAGAUCCCAUGUCCUGAAUAUUGCUAGACUCCCUGUGAUUGAAACCAUUGGUUAAAUAAUCUUACUUGUAGUACCAAAUUACCAAUCCUUUCCUGGUCUUCUAAUCAUAUUGUAUCAUCGUGAAACCCACAAUAGCUGCAUAUAAACUACUAGGAGAGUCUUGCUCAUAUCUUUAGUUGUGAUUAACGUACAGGUCUUCCAGGUUCCAACCUAUAGCAUGAAAUUUAGGGAUCAUUGCUGAAAGCUGAAAUGAGAUGCAAUGCAUGCUGGCGAGAAUUGGAAGGGCGAGCCAUUUCCACCACUUGUGGCCACAUCUUGUGCACCGAAGAUGCCAGCAAGAUCCUCAGUAAUGAUGCGUCUUGCCCCAUCUGUGAUCAAGUGCUAUCCAAGAGUCUUAUGAAACCCGUGGAUAUCAAUCCGAACAAUGAAUGGAUAAACAUGGCUAUGGCAGGGAUAUCUCCACAGAUUUUGAUGAAGAGUGCAUACAGAAGUGUGAUGUUCUACAUCGGGCAACAGGAACUGGAAAUGCAAUUCAAGAUGAACAGAAUAGUAGCUCAGUGCAGGCAGAAAUGUGAGACAAUGCAAGAAAAGUUCACAGAAAAACUGGAGCAAGUGCACACUGCAUACCAGAAAAUGGCCAAGAGGUGCCAGAUGCUAGAGCAAGAGAUUGAGAACUUAACCAAGGAUAAGCAAGAGCUCCAAGAAAAUUUUUCUGAGAAAUCCAGACAAAAGAGAAAGCUUGAUGAAAUGUAUGAUCAAUUGAGAAGCGAAUAUGAUACAAUGAAACAAUCAGCCAUCCAACCUGGAAGCAAUUUCUAUUCAAGAACCGAGUCUGAUUUGUUCUCAAAUCCACCUAACAUGAUUGAUAACAGAGAUCCUAUCAGAAAAGGGCCUAGAGAGGAUAUAUGGCCUACAGCGAGGCAGAACAGCUCUAACUCUGGCCCCUUCGACAUCUCUGGUGGUUCACCAGCAAAACAAUCAGCUGUUCCAAUUGAUGCUGGUAACAGAAGGACCACUUCUCGGCCCGCUUUUGGUGGUGGGGCCAGUAACCCCUCAAUGACUUUGAGGAACCUAAUCCUUUCUCCAAUAAAGCGGCCUCAGCUCUCUCGUAGCCGCCCUCAAAUGUUCAUGUUGUAGAGACAUGCUGAUAAUUUUACCAAUUGUUCCUUUCCUCGUGCUGGAGAAAAGGGAAACAAAACACAGCCAUGGACCACUUCCUUAAAAGUAUCUAGUGGUCCUUUCUCGGCAUAUUCUUGAAGGUGAUUUUACCUUCUCUCUUGUAUAGCACUUUUUUUUUCUUGGCUUUUUUCAAAUAUCCAAAACUGUUCGGACAUGAUUUGAAUAGAAACUUAUUUCCAUGUAGUUACUUUAAAUGCCCUGGGAUCUUUUUCUUUGAUUUUUCCCCAGUUCUGUGCCCAAUUCUCUCUCUCGCUCU